AUGAACAACGAGCAGUUUCGAAGAUUACUGCUCAGCAAAAGCGCGAAGCCCUCCGAUGGGAGCUCCAAGUCCCCGGCCUCGGCGAGCCCUGGCGGCUCAAGCAACCUUGGAGCUCGCCAGAGGGCCAAUAUACCUAUGACCCCGCGCUCCGUCGGUCUAAACGCCAACGUAGAUUUUGCGCGACAAGUCGCCGAGAGAAACCGCGCCGUCAAUCCACAGAAGAAGUUCCGAUCGUCGGCCCCGAAGGGCGCGAGGCUCGCCGCCGGCUACGUGGAUCGUACAAAAUCGAGACAAGAAGAGGAAGACGAGAAAGAGGUCAGGAUAAAAGCCCUGGAAGAGGCGCUAAAGCACGAGGAGAUCGAUCAGGAAACGUUCGAGAAGUUACGGAACCAGAUCGCUGGUGGCGACCUUUCUACGACGCACAUGGUGAAGGGGCUUGAUUUCAAGCUCCUAGAGAGGAUAAGACGAGGCGAGGAUGUCUAUGGCGAUAGGAAAGCCUCGCAAGAUGCGACUAAAGAGGCGGCAGAGGAGGAAGAGGAGGAGGGGAAUCUUGAUGAAGAGCUUGACAAAGUGCUAGAGAGGGAAGUUACGGCCGUUGAGAAGGAGAAGCGUGAGAAGAAAGGCCAAUUAUCCACCGUAUCGCUAGCGCCGGGGAAGAAGCGGACACGAGAUCAGAUAUUAGCCGAGUUGAAGGCCGCCAGGUCAACAGUGAAGGAGCCAAAGGAGGAGUUAGGAGGGAGGUUUAAGAAGAUCAGUGCAAAACAACAACCGGGCACGCGGAUCGAGCGAGACAGCAAAGGAAGAGAGGUACUUAUAAUCGUGGAUGAAGAUGGCCACGAGAAGAGGAAGAUACGUAAAGUCUACGCCGGCGAGAAGGGCGAGGAGGCGCAAAAGGAGCUCCUACCAAUGCCUGACAAGAAUGCGAAGCCUCUAGGUAUGGAAGUACCAGAGAUCUAUCGGAAAAAGGAAGAACCAGAGGAUGAUGGAGAUAUCGAUAUAUUUGAUGAUGUUGGAGACGAUUACGACCCAUUAGCCGGAUUGGGUUCUGGUUCAGACGACGACUCAGAGGAGGAGGAGGAGGAGGAGGAGGAGGAGGAGGAGGAAGCCAAGGCGGCGAAGCCCAAAUCUACGCAGAAGGAGUCUAGCACGGCACCGUCUCAACCCUCGGGACCCAGAAACUACUUCAAAGACUCCAGGACCGGCCUCAUCUCACAAGAAGAGGUCAAGGCGCCAUCCUUGUCUGAUCCAACGAUCAUGGCAGCUCUCAAGAAGGCAGCCAGCCUUCACCCCAUAGGGAAAGGGGCAGAUGAUGGCGAAGUUAGCGAUGAGGAAGAAAAGGCCCGGCUCGAGCGGAGGCGGAAGCUUCUUGAAUCUACGGACCGCGACGCCGAAGAUCUCGACAUGGGCUUCGGCAUGAGCAGAUACGAAGACGAGGAAGACUUCGAGGAUAGGAACGACGCCUUUGCCAUCUUGCUGGCGGCCUACCAUCCGAACACGAGGCUGUUGGGCAUCUCUACAGUCUUUGGCAAUGCGCCACUCAGCAAGACGACAAACAACGCAUCCUCCGUCCUCACAGCCAUAGGUAAAGAAAAGGAGAUAUCCGUUUAUCCCGGCGCCCACAAACCCCUCAAACGCCCGCCCAUCCAACACGCAACCGACAUCCACGGCGAAUCCGGCAUCGACGGAACCUCCCUCCUACCAAAGGGCGAGGCGCAAGUCAACACGUCAACUCCUGCGCUCCGCGCCAUGGCCGAAGCCUUACUCAACGAGGCGCCCGGAACGGCGUGGCUUGUCGCGACGGGCUCGCUCACCAACGUCGCGGAGCUGCUGCAGGAGUAUCCUCAGAUCGCGGCGCACCUGGCGGGCCUGAGCAUCAUGGGAGGCGCUAUCGGCGGCGGGUUCUCGCGCGCUGUUAUGGGUGUUGUGAAUGGGGUGGCGCGCAUCGGGAAUUGGUCCCAGUGGGCCGAGUUUAACAUCUUUAUCGAUCCUGAGGCUGCGGCUUUGAUUUUUGGAAAUGAGGUGUUGAGUGAGAAGACGACUUUGGUGCCGCUGGAUUUGUCGCAUCAAGUAUUGGCGACCAAGGACGUGCAGAAGAUGCUGCUUUACGGCAAAGGCGCUGGGGCGCCAGCGGAGGGCAAGGGGAAAUCUAAGCUGAGGACGACGCUCGUGGAGCUCCUGUUCUUCUUCGCAAAGACAUACGAGGAUGUAUUUGGAAUCAAGGAAGGCCCACCUCUUCACGAUCCCCUCGCCGUCGCCGCCAUCCUAACAGGCAAGGAACACGAAAUCCCAUUUUAUGACUGGAAUUCCGACGGCGGUCCGGACAACAGGGAACGCUUCGACAUAUCUAUCGUGACUGAUGGCGAGUACGAAGACGCGCUGACGGGUAGCGAGCUCGGCCGCACGGUGGCCACUCGGAAAGAGCCCGGAGAGCCGGGUGUGAGAAUUCCGCGCAGCCUUGACAUUGAGGCUUUCUGGGAUGAGAUCGAGGCUUGCAUUGAGAGGGCGGAAAAGGCUCUGGAGAAGAGGUCACAAUCAUGA